UAGUUCAAUAUUCCAUUCUGGGGCACAUAUCCUCUCCCAAAAAUUCCGACUCUGGGCUCCUCGACGCCGAGGCACUCCGCUUUGUUGCAAGCCCCUGCUCUGGAGUGCACACCAGGACUUCUGAUCUAGAUCCCGGACUAGACUCCUCAGCCUGGGUCCACACGGUGAACGGAGAGCCAGAGAGAGUGCGAGGUAACAGGGAGGUAACUGCGUUUUGGAGGGAUAGCCAGACGGACCGAUGGCAUCAGGGAAGCUGGCCCAGGUGCUGCUGGGAUGGGCGGCCAUGUGUGUCGGGUCGUUCCACUUGUGUUGGGGUGAAACUCCCGGGACAGGACAGUACCAAGCGAGCCGCUUCACGGGCACCGAGGACCAGAGAGAGGUGCAGCGGGUCAGACGCCGCGGGCAGGAGACUCUGAGAGGGCCCAAUGUUUGUGGCUCUCGCUUCCACUCGUACUGCUGCCCCGGCUGGAAGACUCUGCCGGGAGGGAACCAGUGUAUCGUCCCCAUUUGCAGGAAUUCCUGUGGUGAUGGUUUCUGCUCCAGACCCAACAUGUGUACCUGCUCGAGCGGCCAGCUCUCUUCCAGCUGUGGAGCAGGAGGAGGAG